AUGAUCGAAUCCUCGUCGCCGCUGGCCUUCUCGUUCGCCACAGGAGUUGUCGUCGCAGGACGUGCGUCAGCUUCCGCAAAGGCGAUAGGCGUAGCAUCGCGCUCUCCGUGGGUGGAUGAGAUCGCAGCCGAGUCCAACGCGAUGAGCUCUGAUUCGGACGAACUAUCGAACAGACCGUCCUCCGACAUUGUUCGGACGGACAGGUCUUUGAGAGCGCGCGUUGACGUCGGCAUGGAUGCGGGCAUUGUGGCUGGACGCGUUCCUGUAAGGUCGACGAGAGAGCGCUAUGACGACACCAGCGUGGGCCACAGGGGAGUCCUUGUGUGGCGCAAAGGGUCGAGGGUGAGCGAGCAGCCCCAGGCGUUUGAGAUCGACGAGCAACGCGAGGGCAAGAUCGUGAAGGUCAGCGCGAGAGCGCUCAGUGGCUACAUGUGGCGGCAACAAACGCUCGUCAUCGGCCUCUGCUUGUCUACGCUGGCCACGUCUCUCGUCCACCGCCUUCCUCCAUCUCCCGCAUUCACAGCGCACACAGCGGCCCAAUGCACCAGCAUGCCUCCAUCGCGCAAGCAUCGCCUACCCGCUGCAACACGCGCAUCGCACGGCCGCAGCGCCAGGACUGUCGAGUGGGGAAGGGAAGCUUUGGGAGAUGUCGAUGAGCACGAGGGCUGCGCCACAAUGUACGUCUCUUGCCCAUUCGUGCCUCUGCCUGCCGUGCGCUCCCGUUGUCUCCGCUCUCCGUUCUUCAUACGCCGCGCUCGAACGCGUCGCGACGUCCCAGUCUCGAUGGCAGAUCUGACAUCGAUCGCGACCGCGUGCUGGGUCGACUCAGCCGUGCAAUCCAGGUGCGCAUCUUCCGUUCACUGCGCGCCCUGGCUACAUGUCGAGCGACGUCCGCGUACCCCAAUGCCCGCUCUCCCUGCUCUGACCGUGUCGCCGUCAGCUUCGCGCACCCGCCCACUCGCUCCUCCACAUGACGACCGGAGCUCACACGCCGCCGUCGUUCGGCCCUAUCCAUGCCUUCUGAAUGUACAUCGCCGCUCGCCGACCGUCGUGCGCUCAGACGCGCGUUCUCCUCCAGCCGACGAGCUACAGUACCACCACGAUCUGCGCGCCAUCGAUGGGUCGCGGCGCAAAUGCCCAGCGCGUGCGCGCAAUGCUUACAUGAACGCGUGCAAGGGUCGGGUUGGGCCCAAACGAGACCACCCGCGCGCGGUUCGCGGGUUUCACGCCAUCGCUCGCAGCGUACGCUCAUCUCGUCACGCGCUGCGAGCGUUCCGCUUCGCUGUUGGCGAGAACGACCGCGCUCGCGUGGUACGCCGUCCGUUCCGACAGGCGUCGGCUGCCGAUCUCACGCAGCGCGUUGUUCCAGCCUCACAAUAG